UCUCUUUCACUACAUUUUGAGCAAAUAAAGAAAAUAAUUAUGCAUGGUUUGAUUUGAUUUAAACACAGCACUAGUAUUUCUCUUUUACUGAUAUGAUGAACAUUUCGUUUUCGUAUAACAUUAAAAAAAAAUCAUCGUUAUAUUUUUUAUAGAAGAUUAAAUAUUUUAUGUGCGUAGGGUAUUCUUUUUUAUGACAACGCCUACACAUUAUUUUAUUACACGUAUUUAUUACUUUGCAUGGAAACUGAAUAUUUUUUUAUUUACUGUGUAUUUGUCAAGUAUUUGUAGUCUGAGUCAAAUGUUUCAGAAAUCUCAAUUUCUUUUACAUCUGUGGCAGUCACUGACAGAAAGGUCGUCGACAUGGAGCGUUAUUCAUUAUCUGUGUAAAAGUGUCUACUGUCUAGCGAAGGGACAACGACAGCCUUCCUUGAUUGUUUACGAGCGUUGCAAUCGACCGACAGAAUCGGACAUGUGUGAGAAGUCAGGACAGAUAAGCGGACGUGACCGCGAAAGUAAGUCCUGGAUUGAACGCGGUCAAUAGCGGAAGAGAUGUCGGACCGCGGUGGAGUGCGGUCCAGCGCGCGGCUGAGUGGCGACAGCUCGGCGGCAGCAGCGGCAGCAGCACCUCGAGCCGCCGCGCAGGGCCGCGGCCGGCCCGUCUCCACCACGGCGGCGGCCGCGCUGCGCCGCGCGCGCGCCGCUGAGCGCGCUGCCGAGGUCGAGGACAGUCCGCGGGUGCUGCGAGACAAGUGCCGCCGACUAGCACGUGCCCUCAGGAAUGCUAAACAUCUAGUAGUUUACACAGGAGCAGGUAUCAGCACAGCGGCAGACAUCCCUGACUACCGAGGACCACACGGUGUCUGGACUCGUCUGCAACGUGGUGAAACUGUCGGGCGCGUCGAGGUUUCGCGUGCUCAGCCCACGUUCACGCAUAUGGCCCUGACGGCGCUGUGGGCCCGCGGCGCGCUCAAGUUCGUGGUGUCGCAGAACUGCGACGGACUGCACCUGCGCGCCGGCCUGCCGCGCCGCGCGCUGGCCGAGCUGCACGGCGACAUGUUCGCGGAGCUGUGCGCCGCCUGCCGCCGCGUGUACCUGCGCGCCUUCGACACCACGGAGCGCACGGCGCGCCACCAGCACGGCACGCGGCGGCUGUGCCACGACUGCGGCGCCGAGCUGCGCGACUCCAUCGUGCACUUCGGCGAGCGAGGCCGCGCCGCCUGGCCGCUCAACUGGGCGGGCGCGCUGCGCCACGCCGCGCGCGCCGACGUCGUGCUGUGCCUGGGCUCCAGCCUCAAGGUGCUGCGCCGCUACCCGCGCCUGUGGCGCAUGCAGAGCGCGCCGCGCGCCCGCCCCGCGCUCUACAUCGUCAACCUGCAGUGGACGCCCAAGGACUCGGUGGCGGCGCUGAAGAUCAACGCGCGCUGCGACGCCGUGAUGCGGCAGGUGGCGCGGCGCCUGCGCCUGCGAGUGCCGCGCUACCGCGCCAGCCGCGACCCCGUGCUGGCCCACGCCGAGCCGCUGGCGCCCGCCGAGGCGCACACGACGCGGCGCCCGGCGCUGCUCGUGCCGCCCGACGAGCCGCCGGCGGACGACUGGGAGCCCUCCUCGCCCUCGGCCUCCGACUCGGACGAGGAGCUGCCGCUGCGCCGCCUGGCCGACCGCUUGCGGGGCCCCAACGAUGCUGAUCAGCCGCGCAGCCCUGGCUUGCCGAAUAGUUUCAUUUCCUCGACCCAGACUGAUACGCAAAGCAGCCCCACAGAAAAUGUAGCAAAUACAAAUAUACAGCAACCAAGUGAGUUAAUACCCAACUCGCAACUUCAGAACUCCACAAAUUAUGAAGUACCAUAUCCAGACCGAUCUAAACGACAACUUAGCCCUACCCAGGAAAGUCGCCUUUCUAAUUUUGAUCAACCAUAUAGCCCCAUCAAGUUCCAUAAAAUGUGCAGUCCGCCUCGGCCUGACCGGUUAAGCACGUCAAGCAAAAUGGUUGAAUUGUAUGACCAAAACCAGUCUGAUCGUUUGUGCAGCCAAAAUAAUUCUAGACUUCACAGUCUGAGCCCCCGAGAGCGACAACGCAGUAUAAGCCCAAAUGAACUUCAAAACAAUUCCAGUCCUAAUGGUUGGCAUAACUUAAACUCUAGCGAUCGACAGCAAGGCUUUGUGGAAUGCGAUAAACCAAAUGGCAGGCUGCAUUCUUUCCAAAAGCACACCUCAUCACAGGUGAGCAUGCAGUCGGGCGAGGCCACCAUCCUGCUGCGGGCGGAACACGCGCCGCCGCGGCCGCUGCCGCCGCGCUCCCGCUCGCCGCGCUGCCGGACCGCCGACCUGCGCCGCUUCCGCAUGGCUCGCCGCCCGCCCGACCCCGGCCUGGGCGAGCGACUGCGCCGCCUGCUGGAGUACGAGCCGCGCAUCGACGCCGCCGAGCCGCCGCCCAAGCUGGAGGAACCCAAGGCCGAGCCCAAGGCCGAGCCCAAGGACGAGCCCAAGGAGGAGGCGAGCACGUCGGACGAGAGCGGCGCGGGCGCGCUGGCGGCGGGGUCGCUGGCCGCCGCCAUCAUCCGGCGCGCGGUCCUGCUGUGUCGCGCGUCGCUGUACCCGGGGCUGCACACCAUCAUCGCGCCGGCCGCCGCGCCCGCCGCGCCCGCCGCGCCCGCCGACUGCGCCUGGUGCGCGCGCCAGUUCGCGGCGCGGCGCUGCCUGUGGUACGGGCCGGCGCGCGAGCCGCCGCCCGGCGCGCGCGCCUGGCGCCGCCUGCGCGGCCGCCGCUACCUGUGCGCCUGCUGCGGCGCGGGGCCGGCGCCCGAGCCCGGCCCGCCCGCCGCGCCCGGCCCGCCCGGCCCGGACGACGGCGGCUGGUACGGCAAGGGCUACCGCAAGGGCCGGCGGCGGCGCCGGUAGCGCGAGCCGGACGCCCGCGCGCCGGGCGUCGCGUCAUGACGAUGUACCUAAUGUGAUCAAAUACUAGUUUAAUACGGGUGACGCGAGCCUGUCGGCGAGACCUCGCGGCGUGUGUUAUGAUGGUUGUGAUAUAAGCGCUUAAGUGUGAGACGAGCGAUUGUUACUUCCUGUGACCUGUCUCUGUGCGAUGACUAGCCCGCACUUAAGUUCAAGUGCACGAUAUUAUAUUGUUUUCAUUGCGACAAUAUGGUCAUUUCUGUGGCCUUCUUUCAGUCACAUCGAAAACUCGACUCAACAAAAAUCGAUUCCAGCAAAAUGUGUGAAAUUGCUCUGAUAUUUGAAGCAUUCUGUAACACCAUAUAAAUUAAAUAUAAAAAUGUUCAACCAUGCAUGUAGUUUGCAAGCUGCCUUUAUAUAUCUUGUAUGGGGCGGCGCGAGAUAGAGAGCCUUGUUACUCAACAUUUACCAAAAUAAUAUCAAGUCACUGUAGUGUGUUGUGUUAUCUGUGUUAAGAUCACCAUCACAUCACAUCACAUAACUCAAUUACCUUUAUGGCUUUAAAUAAUGCAGUAUAUAAUUUAAUAUAAUUUUAUAUUUAUAAGCAAUGUUCACAAAUUCGUCAAUGUCUUGUUUUAUAGAAAUAUACAUAUAACAGAUUAAAAAUAUGACGGCUUAAACAGUUGUGAUAAUGUAGUUUGUUGAUCUGAAGUGAUUGCUAGUAGGCUUUUUGAUGUAUUGAAAACUAAAAAUUAUAGACAAACGAUACAUUUGGAAACUAUGCCUCUGUAACGUAACUCAGGGCUGUCAGUGUAACAACGGAAAAAUACAAAAGCAUAACUUAAUGUGUGAGCUGGGCUAGUUUUUACUAACCCAUAACAGUAACAAUGUAUCAUUGUUUGUGCUGAUGCAGCAAAUUUACAUGCACUUGCCAAUGCAAAACAAAUCUGUUAAAGUAAGAUCAAAUAAUUGAGUUAAUUUAUGAGAAAUUUAACAAUACAGUAAUUCCUAUCCAGAACUAGUAUUGAUGGAAAGAGAUUACAUCAUCAAUAAACAUUGAUCAAAAUGUUGUUUAUGCUAUAAAGUUGAGAUGAUUGGCAAUGAUGUAUGGGAGAUAAUUAUAUAAUUUUGUAUGUUGUAGUGAUGUCGUGUAUUUAUUUCAUUGACAUGAAUUUAAUUAUACUUUUGACUUAGUACUAUAAAUGUAAUGUUAAUUAUUAAUUUAUUGUACUGUAGUAUUACUACUGGAAUGUUAAAUGUGAACGAAUCUGCGCCGAACUAACGAAACUAAUGUCCUUUUAGAAUUGGGUAUUUAAAUAUGUUGUUGUGUACCAAAACCAAAUUAAAUUUAUGUAAUGUGAUACUCAAUAUUAUGAGCCGUUUAAGUUAUUAUUCUACAAUUAUCAAUAUGGCGAUGCAACAAGAGACAUUACAUUUACUGAGGCCAAUUGUGCAGAAUACUAAUAGAAUACUAUCAAUAAUAUCAUUAUCAAUGUUUCUCAAUCUCAAUAUCAGAACUUGUCAAAGUGUCAAUGACCCAACACAGAAUGUUGACUUUUCACUGUGUUCUGGUUCCAAGCUGUGUGCUCUGCCACAGUCGAGCUGUGACUUGUCUAUAUUUCACUGUUUGGUUGAAAUAUAAAGAGUUACACGUGUUUGUUAUUUGUGAGGAGUGGCUUUAUGUGGAUUUGACAUUGAAAAAUCGACAGUUUAAUAAGUGUUUGCUCCCGGUUCACAUUUGGAGCACUCGCUGAUUUGCGCAACUGAGCCAUUUGUACAAAACAUCGAUGCUCUCGAUGUAUUUCCGCGAAGACCAGCCAUUAUGUAAAUCCUGUUUCUGUGUAUGAAAUUCUAUAAUUUUCUCGUCAAUAGUAAAACAAUAUAGAAACACAAAAAAAUCUAAACAGAAUGUUAUUUUCAUGCAAAACGGAUGGAACGAGGCAAUAUUCGAUUAGUUUUCUUGUAGAAAGUCGUGUAUUUGUAUGCACACAAGUGGGUUUUAAUGUAUUACUGAAGUCUGUUUAUAAUAUAAGACAAAUGUUAAAGAGUGAUUGUCAUAACAAAUAAAGCAAAAUGUGUUGGGUCUCGCGAGCUCGUGAGCUUUACUAAUGUCUGUAAAGACGCGGCCGUCGUCGUGGCGCAGCAGUGACGUCAGCGCGGCGUGGCCACGCAUGUACAUAGAAUACCUUAGUUGAUAGUUUACUUGUGAAUUGUGACUGAUGCCAGAUGUGUGAUUGUUGACGAUAUGUGAAAUUAUACGUGUAAGCAAAUAAAUUUUCAAUAGAAAACGUAGCGUCUUUCUGAAAAACCCAUCCCAUUUAAAAGAAUGAAAGCAUGAAGUCAUUUCAUAGCUGAAAUAAGCAAAAACCUUUGUAUUGUCGUUGGUGACUAGUGGCGCUCCGCAAGAUAGGUAGCACUCAAUGGAAUCUUAGAACACAAGCCUCUCUCUGUUCGGUGAAACUUAGCAUUAGCACACCAAGCAACGUUUCAGUAAGUGCGCGCCAGUGUGUGAGUCCCGCUGUUCGCGCUAUCUGCGGACGCAGCUUCCGGCGCCCGCAGUGUGGUGCGCGUCGCGAGCUGUGCCGCCGCUGGCCGCGCUCCGCUGUACUUACAAACUAUAGCUACAGCAGUACGUAGUUACAGCAGUGUCUACUAGCACAGCUUCUUGGCUGUGUGAAGCUUAACCCCCGCCUUCCGCUAGCUGAAAGAGCAUUUACACGUCGGGCCACUUCUACUGGCUGAGCCCGCUAGCGCUCGCUAAGUGAUGGCAUCGCUCAAGGACUUAUAACGUGGUGGUACACAGUCAAGUUGUAAAGUCAACGCUGAGCUGCGACGCCCAUUUGUGAUUUCAUCGUAGGUUUUAUAAGCACGUUGUGACCGGCCGCAGCGAUGGGUAUCCGGCGCACGUGGUGGGCUAUGUGGCGGCGCUGGUGGGCGCUGCUGGUGGCGGGCGGCGCGCUGCUGGUGCUGAGCGCUCGCGUGACGACCGGCCUCAGCGUCGCGCACCUGUUCCCGGCGCACUCGCCCGCCGCGCUCGCGCAUGUCCUCGCUGACUUCUCUAAGCAGCCGCACGUCACGUCGUGGUCUGUGGACGAGGACCGCAGCAACUAUACGACAUGGAGUUACUCGGUUUCGUUCUCGUGCGGCGCGCUCUGCUCGGGGUGCGCGCUGGUGCGGGCGCACGACGCGCCGCGCGCCGCGCCCCGCCACGGCCACGACGCGCGCGAGCACACCGUCACCGUAGCCCUGCAGGCCUGCACCAGCCUGCCGCUAAUCACGUGGCCCCAGCUUUGCGAGGAGGUGGAGUCGCACGCGGCGGUGAGGGCGGCGGGCGACGGCGGUGCGCGCCUGGCGCUGGAGUGGCGCGCGCGCUGCUGGCUGCCGCGCUGGCUGACCGGCGCGUGCGCGCGCGACCUGCUGCUGCGCCGCGACGUGCUGCUCGCCGGCCUGCGCGACGCGCCGCUCACUCUGUGACUCCGCUCGGACACUGUGGACGAUGAUAUUCAACUUUAAAUAAUAUAAUAAAUUCUGUAAUAAACGAUCACCUGAUUUAU